AUGGAGAAGAAGACAAAAGUGAAGAUAGCGUUCUUCAUCAUUCUGGUGGGAAUGAUAUCCAUGUUCACGGCCGUGGUGACGGACCACUGGGCCGUGCUGAGCCCACGGGUCGAACAGCUCAACACUACCUGUGAGGCUGCCCAUUUUGGCCUCUGGAGACUCUGCAAAAAGACCAUCUAUAUAGUGGAGGAAGAGGUAAUUGGCAAAGGCUGUGGACCUAUCAGCCUUCCUGGAGACAUUAACUGCAGCUACUUUAGACACUUCACCCCAGGAGAAGAUGCAGAGAUUUUUGAAGUGAAAACACAGAAAGAGUACAACAUCUCAGCUGCCGCCAUUGCCAUUUUUAGCCUUGCUUUUAUGAUCCUGGGCACGCUGUGUGUUCUCUUCUCAUUUGGCAAGGGUAAGGACUACCUCUACAAACCUGCCGGAAUGUUCUACGCAUUUGCAGGCCUCUGUGCUAUCAUUUCCGUGGAGGUGAUGCGGCAGUCUGUGAAGAGAAUGAUUGAGAGCGAAGAUACCAUCUGGAUCGAGUACUAUUACUCCUGGUCUUUUGCCUGCGCCUGCGCUGGGUUUGUCCUCCUCUUCCUCAGCGGCGUGGGUCUCCUGCUCAUCGCCAUGCCUCAGAUGCCACAGAACCCCUGGGAGACCUGCAUGGACGCCGAGCCCGAGCAGGUGGAGUGA